AUGUCCCAGAAUCAUUAUAUCAAGCCCCCACCGGGCAAGAAGAAUGUCACGGCCAAGCUCGUCCUGUCAUAUGUUUUGGACUGGCUUGUCCUGGCUAUAGGUGCUGUCCUGGCCGGUGCAUGCUCCAAAAUCGAGCCCAACAAGCGACCAUUUGCUCUAAAUGAUCCCAACAUCUCGUUGCAAGAUGAAGCAGUACCCAUGUGGCUGCUAGUCGUCCUCAUCCUGCUCGUGCCGGCCGGGCUGAUCGCCGUGGUGACCAUCGUCUUCGUGCCGGGCGCCACGGUCCCCCGAGACACCCCGGCCUCCCUGGUGUGGAGGCGCAAGCUGUGGGAGCUUCACGCCGGCUGGCUGGGGCUGGCCAUGUCCCUCGUGACCGCCACCCUGCUCGUCCAGGGCCUCAAGAACAUGUUUGGCAAGCCGCGCCCGGACCUGCUGGACCGGUGCAAGCCGGACCUGGACAACGCCGCGCGCUUCGUCGUCGGCGGCGUCGACGUCGGCGACGCCAGCAACCGACUCUACUCGUCCGGCGUGUGCCAGCAGACCGACUCGUCCGUCCUCGACGACGGCUUCCGGAGCUACCCCUCCGGCCACUCGGCCGGCGCCGCCUCCGGGCUCAUCUACCUCGCCCUCUUCCUCGCCAGCAAGUUCUCCGUCACCCUGCCCUUUGUCGUGCCCACCGGCGCGUCGGCCGACGCCGCGGCCCACGAAGCUUUCCCCUCGCGGAGCAGCCUCCCUACCGGCGGCGCCGCCGCCGCCGGCCCGGACGCCGACUUCAUCGAGGCCAGCCACAACGCCCAGCUGCGCGCCCUCCGCCGCCAGGCCGCCUCCCCGCCCCUCUACCUCUUCGCCCUGGUCUUCAUCCCCAUCUGCGCCUCGCUCUGGAUCGCCGCCUCGCGCUGGUACGACUUCCGCCACCACGGCUUCGACAUCAUCUGCGGCUACCUCAUCGGCCUGGUCCCCGCCUACUUCAGCUUCCGCUACUACCACCUCCCCAUCCACCAGGGCGCCGGCUGGGCCUGGGGCCCCCGCAGCAGCGACAGGGCCUUCUGGGCCGGCGUCGGCCACCUGGGAUACGUGGGCGAGGACGCCGACCACCCGUCCCCGUCUUCCGCCCUCGGAAAUGCGCACAAGAGGCCCUUCACCGGCGAUGCCGUCGAGAACGGCCCCGGCGCCGCCGCCGAUCACCGUCCCGCGGCCUACGUGUCCGAUCACCAGCAUCAGUCGUCGAUGUCGUACUCCAACGGGUAUGCCGGCAGAAACGACGACUACGGGAAUGAAGCUGGGGGGUUCCAUGAUAUCGAGAUGGGACGCAUGAGGAACAACAGGAUCUGA